GCGCCGGAGCCGUUCUCGCCGCACCGCUGCAGUCGCGUACCGUCGCCAUGAGCUGCUCCGUGACGUGCACCGCUUGGGUGCUCUGCGGCGUUGCCAAGGAAACGCCGGACAAGGUGCAGCUCAGCGAGGAGGACCUGAACCGUCUCAUCGAGAAGGCCCAGGAGAGGCUAGGGGAUGAUGCUAAUGGUAGCAAUGAAGGUCAGAUGACAUAUGGCAUGAAUGUAGCCAUUCCUGGUAGAGCUAGGUCUUCUCAUACAAAUGAAGAGCUGUCUGAUGAUGAACUGGCUGAAUAUGAUUUGGAAAAUUAUGAUGAAAAGGAAUACACAGGUGAUAUAAAACUUGGGGACUCUUUGGCUUCUCUGGCAGUAUAUGGAAGUAAUGAUCAUGAUCCUUACAUCACUCUAAAAACCACUGAUCAAUAUGAACAGGAGGACUUUUUAAUUAAGCCCAGUGACAAUCUUGUGCUUUGUGGUAGAGCUGAUAAAGACUACUGUAGUUUGGAGGUCCAUGUUUAUAAUCAUGAAGAGAAUUCAUUUUAUGUACAUCAUGAUAUUACCUUGCCUGCUUACCCUCUAAGUCUGGAGUGGUUGAACUUUGAUCCUAGUCCUGAUGAAUCACUAGGAAAUUAUGUUGCAGUGGGUAACAUGACCCCAGUUAUUGACAUUUGGGACCUUGAUAUAGUAGAUUCCUUAGAACCAGUCUUUUCUCUUGGAGGCAAGAAAGAGAAAAAGAAGAAAAAGAAAGGAAAGACAAGUUUAUCUUCAGAAGGGACAGUGAAAGGACAUACUGAUGCUGUGCUUGAUCUUUCAUGGAAUAAACAAAGCAGGAAUGUUUUAGCAAGUGCGUCUGCUGACAACACUGUGAUUUUGUGGGAUAUGUCUGUGGGUAAGCUGGCAGCCAGCCUCAUGCUUCAUACAGACAAGGUCCAGACACUGCAAUUUCAUCCAUUUGAAACUCAGACCCUUAUUUCUGGAUCUUACGAUAAAUCAGCUGUGCUGUAUGAUUGCAGAAACCCACAAUAUAACCAUCGAAUGUGGCGGUUUAGUGGUCAGGUUGAAAGAGUAACUUGGAAUCAUUUUUCACCUUGUAAUUUCUUAGCAAGCACAGAAGAUGGCUUUGUGUACUGUCUGGAUGCUCGUUCUGAUAAGCCAGUGUUUACCCUGAAAGCUCAUGAUGAAGAGGUGUCAGGGCUACAACUAAGCAGUCAGAUCAAAGGGUGCCUUGUGACAUCAUCUGCUGACAAAUAUGUGAAAAUUUGGGAUAUCCUGGGAGACAAACCAAGUUUAAUCCAUUCCAGGGAUAUGAAAAUGGGUGUUCUCUUCUGUGCAGCUUGCUGCCCUGACUUCCCAUUUGUUUUUGCCUUUGGAGGAGAGCGAGAAGGGCUGCGUGUUUGGGAUAUAAGCAAGAUUUCUGCAGUGAAUGAAGUUUUUGGAAAGAGAGAGAGACUUGUUCUGGCUAGUGCCAACUCUGUGGCUUGCAGCUCCACAGCCAGCAGCAGCAGCAACAGUUUGGAGACAGCAAUGGAAUCGUGAUGGACCAAACAUCAAAAAAUCAAAGGAAUUAAUGGGACUAUGACUAAUAUAUGUUCUGCAAAUCCCCCUAUUCGGUGAGAAUUCAUAGAAAUUACUUAAAUGUCUUGCAGUCUGCUGGCUUCUUUGUCUCAAAGGACCAUGGUGAUGUGGUUAAGCUCUAAGUCAGAGGUUCUGAGUUCCUGCCUCUAUUAGCAGCUUUGAAAGAUUAAAUCACUUGCUUCUGCCUGAGAUAUGAUCCCUGAAACAUGGGCUACCAUGUGUAAAGUUGAUACAUAAAAUGAAACAGUCAAGAGAAAAACAUUCUACUGCUAUCAGAAGCUUGUUGAAUACUGCAAAGAAGGUAAAUAUUGUCUAAGGGCACAAGGAAAAAUACUUCUGACAGCAGCUGUGUAAUAAAUAAACCAAAGCUGAAUUAAAUGACAAGUGUAAAUACCUGAUUUAUCCUUGAGGCUAGAUUUACAGAUUUCUAAACACAGAUUUCAUAAGUUCUCUCUAACUUUUAAGUCUUAAGAGUAUUUCUUGGGCAAUGUUGGAGUCCCUGGGUUGAAUCUUGAAAUGUAUUUUCUAACAGCUCAAGAUAAGUAACUAAUUUCAAACCAGAAAUAUCCCAGCUGUAUCACAUCCUGAUCAAGGGUUUCUUUUCCCUGGUUCCACAGCAUCUGAAGCUUAUUGAUGUUACAUGUGUAUUGGGUUUUUUUUCUUUUCCAAGCUCCAAGAGAAUUUGAACUGAAAUAAGGAGCUACUACUCAGAAGAGUUGAGAGGCUCUCAGGACACAAAGCAAGGGAUCUUGGCUGGUACUUGUCAUUGGUGAAAACUGUGUGUGUUAUGUGCUUGUGUUCUUAACUCCUCCCAGACCUUUCUGCCUGAAACCUGAAGGCACAGAGGAACAUUAAGAGUAUGAGCCUAACUGAUGACUUAAAUGCUUUGUUUAUAGCAUCAGAAACCUAAUCAAAUAAUGUUUCCUCACAUAUAAAAUGAAUACACAAGUGCCUUACUCCAGGACAGAAGUUAACCUCCUGUGAAGUUCUUCCUCCUCCACACACUGGAAGGUGUCUGCUAAAGUGCUGCUCAUGCAGAAACACCCUGGGUAUUAAAGCAACUGGUAUCAAAGAAGGCAUGGUGUCAGUGCAUGCAGUUGACAAGAUCUUACACAAGCUUUCCACCCUAGUUCAUUGUAAGGCAUUCUGCUGAAGUGAAGCAGAUAAAUUGUAUCAAUACAAAACUGCAGAUGGGGAAAAGGCAGGGCUGUAGGUUUCCUUCCCAUCCCUUGAAGUUAUGUGGCUGCUUCUAAAUUGAAUUCAGCUGUUUCUAGUCUGGUGACAGGUGUUUAGCAUGGCACUGCAGGAACCAAGCAUACUUUCCAUAUGUUGCGAUUCCUGCCUCAAUCCUUUCCCUGCCAAGCAAUAGUGAACAUGUGGACAAGUGAAGAGCUGCUUUUGUGAGGCUGAAGAAGGUGAAAGCACCAGAACCACAUUAUGUUCAAGUGCUCUCCACUGAAAAGCUGCAAAUUUUUCAAAGUUUCCUUUGAAAUAAAUGCUUUCUGUUAAGCCCUUUGACAGCAGUAAUUUCUGUUAUCUCUACCUCUGUUAUUAAUUGGCACUGUAGCUCUAGAAGUUGCUUUUUGUUUUAGGUAGGAAGAAAACUGCAGGCAACCCAUAUUCCCCUUGACUAAACAAAAUCCCUCAACCUGUCUUUCUGGAGCUUUUUAUUCACAUACUGAUUUCAGAGGGCAAGCAUUACGCAUAUUCAGGUUUGAAGAACCCAGUGUGCUCUAUAGAAGUGCAGUGUACAGGGAGAGAUACAGCUGAACUUGAGCCACUUGGGGAAAGAACUGGAGCUCUUUCACAAGGGAACCUCCAAUUAACUUGUUGGAGAGCAGAGCUCAGCUGACUCUUUUUACAGCACAGCCAGAGGUGCCACACAGCAAAUCUACAAGGUUUAAACACCAGUUCUUAGCUGUGCCUGUUCAUGGAAGGUGCUCCUACCCUGACCAGGAAAGCUUGGCAGAGGCAGAUGAUGAAAAAGUGGUGUUAUUUCUCUUAACACCUUUAUCAGAAAUAGGAAAUAAUUUUCUGAGAAUGUAUGAACAUU